AUGGUGGUCACUAAUAGGUGCCCACGCUUCAGUCAUCUGAGCAACGAAGUCACCAUGUGUGGAUGUGGAGGAGGUUGUCUCACAACGAAGUCACCAUGUGUGGAUGUGGAGGAGGUUGUCUCACAACGCAGUCACCAUGUGUGGAUGUGGAGGAGGUUGUCUCACAACGCAGUCACCAUGUGUGGAUGUGGAGGAGGUUGUAUCACAACGCAAUCACCAUGUGUGGAUGUGGAGGAGGUUGUAUCACAACGAAGUCACCAUGUGUGGAUGUGGAGGAGGUUGUCUCACAACGCAGUCACCAUGUGUGGAUGUGGAGGAGGUUGUCUCACAACGAAGUCACCAUGUGUGGAUGUGGAGGAGGUUGUCUCACAACGAAGUCACUAUGUGUGGAUGUGGAGGAGGUUGUCUCACAACGAAGUCACCAUGUGUGGAUGUGGAGGAGGUUGUCUCACAACGAAGUCACCAUGUGUGGAUGUGGAGGAGGUUGUCUCACAACGCAGUCACCAUGUGUGGAUGUGGAGGAGGUUGUCUCACAACGCAGUCACCAUGUGUGGAUGUGGAGGAGGUUGUCUCACAACGAAGUCACCAUGUGUGGAUGUGGAGGAGGUUGUCUCACAACGCAGUCACCAUGUGUGGAUGUGGAGGAGAUUGUAUCACAACGCAAUCACCAUGUGUGGAUGUGGAGGAGAUUGUCUCACAACGAAGUCACCAUGUGUGGAUGUGGAGGAGGUUGUCUCACAACGAAGUCACCAUGUGUGGAUGUGGAGGAGGUUGUCUCACAACGCAGUCACCAUGUGUGGAUGUGGAGGAGAUUGUAUCACAACGCAAUCACCAUGUGUGGAUGUGGAGGAGGUUGUCUCACAACGAAGUCACCAUGUGUGGAUGUGGAGGAGAUUGUCUCACAACGAAGUCACCAUGUGUGGAUGUGGAGGAGGUUGUCUCACAACGAAGUCACCAUGUGUGGAUGUGGAGGAGAUUGUCUCACAACGAAGUCACCAUGUGUGGAUGUGGAGGAGGUUGUCUCACAACGAAGUCACUAUGUGUGGAUGUGGAGGAGGUUGUCUCACAACGCAGUCACCAUGUGUGGAUGUGGAGGAGGUUGUCUCACAACGCAGUCACCAUGUGUGGAUGUGGAGGAGGUUGUCUCACAACGCAGUCACCAUGUGUGGAUGUGGAGGAAGUUGUCUCACAACGAAGUCACCAUGUGUGGAUGUGGAGGAGAUUGUCUCACAACGAAGUCACCAUGUGUGGAUGUGGAGGAGGUUGUCUCACAACGCAGUCACCAUGUGUGGAUGUGGAGGAGAUUGUCUCACAACGAAGUCACCAUGUGUGGAUGUGGAGGAGAUUGUCUCACAACGCAAUCACCAUGUGUGGAUGUGGAGGAGGUUGUCUCACAACGCAAUCACCAUGUGUGGAUGUGGAGGAGAUUGUCUCACAACGAAGUCACCAUGUGUGGAUGUGGAGGAGGUUGUCUCACAACGCAAUCACCAUGUGUGGAUGUGGAGGAGAUUGUCUCACAACGAAGUCACCAUGUGUGGAUGUGGAGGAGGUUGUAUCACAACGAAGUCACCAUGUGUGGAUGUGGAGGAGGUUGUCUCACAACGAAGUCACCAUGUGUGGAUGUGGAGGAGGUUGUCUCACAACGCAAUCACCAUGUGUGGAUGUGGAGGAGAUUGUCUCACAACGAAGUCACCAUGUGUGGAUGUGGAGGAGAUUGUCUCACAACGAAGUCACCAUGUGUGGAUGUGGAGGAGAUUGUCUCACAACGAAGUCACCAUGUGUGGAUGUGGAGGAGAUUGUCUCACAACGAAGUCACCAUGUGUGGAUGUGGAGGAGAUUGUCUCACAACGCAGUCACCAUGUGUGGAUGUGGAGGAGAUUGUCUCACAACGCAGUCACCAUGUGUGGAUGUGGAGGAAGUUGUCUCACAACGAAGUCACCAUGUGUGGAUGUGGAGGAGAUUGUCUCACAACGAAGUCACCAUGUGUGGAUGUGGAGGAAGUUGUCUCACAACGAAGUCACCAUGUGUGGAUGUGGAGGAGGUUGUCUCACAACGAAGUCACCAUGUGUGGAUGUGGAGGAAGUUGUCUCACAACGAAGUCACCAUGUGUGGAUGUGGAGGAGGUUGUAUCACAACGAAGUCACUAUGUGUGGAUGUGGAGGAGGUUGUCUCACAACGCAGUCACCAUGUGUGGAUGUGGAGGAGGUUGUAUCACAACGAAGUCACUAUGUGUGGAUGUGGAGGAGGUUGUCUCACAACGCAGUCACCAUGUGUGGAUGUGGAGGAGGUUGUCUCACAACGCAGUCACCAUGUGUGGAUGUGGAGGAGGUUGUCUCACAACGCAGUCACCAUGUGUGGAUGUGGAGGAAGUUGUCUCACAACGAAGUCACUAUGUGUGGAUGUGGAGGAGGUUGUCUCACAACGAAGUCACCAAGUGUGGAUGUGGAGGAGGUUGUCUCACAACGAAGUCACCAUGUGUGGAUGUGGAGGAGGUUGUCUCACAACGCAGUCACCAUGUGUGGAUGUGGAGGAGGUUGUCUCACAACGCAGUCACCAUGUGUGGAUGUGGAGGAGGUUGUAUCACAACGCAAUCACCAUGUGUGGAUGUGGAGGAGGUUGUAUCACAACGAAGUCACCAUGUGUGGAUGUGGAGGAGGUUGUCUCACAACGAAGUCACCAUGUGUGGAUGUGGAGGAGGUUGUCUCACAACGAAGUCACCAUGUGUGGAUGUGGAGGAGGUUGUCUCACAACGAAGUCACCAUGUGUGGAUGUGGAGGAGGUUGUCUCACAACGAAGUCACCAAGUGUGGAUGUGGAGGAGGUUGUCUCACAACGCAGUCACCAUGUGUGGAUGUGGAGGAGGUUGUCUCACAACGAAGUCACCAUGUGUGGAUGUGGAGGAGGUUGUCUCACAACGCAGUCACCAUGUGUGGAUGUGGAGGAGGUUGUCUCACAACGAAGUCACCAAGUGUGGAUGUGGAGGAGGUUGUCUCACAACGAAGUCACCAUGUGUGGAUGUGGAGGAGGUUGUCUCACAACGCAGUCACCAUGUGUGGAUGUGGAGGAGGUUGUCUCACAACGAAGUCACCAAGUGUGGAUGUGGAGGAGGUUGUCUCACAACGAAGUCACCAUGUGUGGAUGUGGAGGAGAUUGCCUCACAACGCAAUCACCAUGUGUGGAUGUGGAGGAGAUUACCUCACAACGAAGUCACCAUGUGUGGAUGUGGAGGAGAUUACCCCACAGGGUUGCCCCAUCUUAA